AUGCGCAACCUCAACACCUCCGACGGGCCUUUGCGAAAGAAGAAGGGAUUACCGACCUAUGAGAUGGACCUCGAUACUGGCGCAAGCGCAGAGCUAGACGACGACGAAAACCUCAGGCCCAAUUACACUGUGACCACAGACGCACACGGCAACACCCGCUACCUGUACAAAGAGAUUGACCCAAUCUACGAGUCGGACGACUCCGACGCCGAAGCUACAAACACAAUUGGCAAUAUUGACCUCAAGUACUACGACGAAUAUCCCCACAUCGGCUAUGACAUUAACGGCAAGAAAAUCAUGCGUCCAGCUAAGGGAGAGGCAUUGGAUGCGCUUUUGGAUAGCAUUGACAUACCGAAGGGCUGGACAGGUCUGACGGAUCCCGAGACAGGAAAGCCGUUGAACCUGUCGGAAGAGGAGCUAGACGUGCUCAAGAGGCUCACAAGGAAUGAGGUUGUCGAGGAUGGCUACGACCCCUACCCGGAAAUGGUCGCCUACUUCUCCGGCAAGCAGGAGAUUAUGCCACUGAGCGCUGCGCCCGAGCCCAAGCGGCGAUUCAUUCCUUCCAAGCACGAAGCCAAGCGUGUCAUGAAGCUUGUCAAGGCUAUCAAAGAGGGUCGCAUCAAACCCUACAAGCCGCCGCAAGAAGAGGAAGAAGAGCAGGAUGAAUUCACCUUUGACGUUUGGGCCGACGAGAAGCCCCGGCCAGACAACACAAUGCACAUUCCCGCUCCCAAGCUGCCACCGCCAGGCUACGAAGCAAGUUACCACCCACCACCUGAGUACCUACCAGACACGGAUGAGGAGAAGGCAUGGUUGGAGGCAGACGAGGAGGACCGAGAGAGGGAAUUCUUGCCUAAGAACUACGAGGCGCUACGCAAAGUUCCCGGCUAUGAGACAUUUGUCAAGGAACGAUUCGAGCGAAGUCUGGACCUCUACCUGGCUCCUCGUGUACGAAGAAACCGACUCAACAUCGACCCGGAAUCCCUAUUACCCAAGCUACCGAACCCCGAGGAACUCAAGCCUUUCCCUACAACUUGUGCUGCAAUUUUCCGUGGACAAGAAGGGCGCGUACGCUGCGUCUCUGUUGACCCACUCGGCAUCUUCGUUGCCAGUGGAGGCGACGACGGCUACAUUCGAAUCUGGGAAAUUCUGACUAGCCGACAAGUCUGGAAUGCUAAGCUCUCAGAUGAAGAGGCCGUCGACGCCGUACAAUGGAGGCCCACAAAGGACGCAUCUAUCGUCGCGGCUGCCUGUGGCGAGAACGUCUUCCUCAUCGUCCCCUUUACCCUUCUCUCCCCUGACAUCGAACAAGCCAGCCGCGACGUCCUUGACGCAGGCUGGGGCUACGCCGCCACAAAAGGUGCCACAACACCCAAGGGCGAAGAUGCUCCCAAACAACCCCCUGGCAAAUGGAGUCGCCCGGGCACACGCCUCGAAUCCAAGGGUGUCCUCCUCCAAGUGCAAGUCCGCUCUGCCAUCAAAGUCCUAAACUGGCACCGCAAAGGCGAAUACUUCACCACCGUCUCCCCCCGCGGCCAAUCCACCGCAAUCGCCAUCCACGCCAUCUCCAAACACCUUACCCAGCUUCCCUUCCGCCGCCUCAAGGGUCUCGCCCAAACAGCGCAGUUCCACCCGUCCAAAGCAAUCUUCUUCGCAGCAACCCGCAACACGAUCCGUGCCUACGAUCUCGCCAAGCAGGAACUCGUCAAGAUACUGCAACCCGGCGCGAAAUGGAUCUCCAACAUCGAUGUUCAUCCAGGUGGCGACAAUCUGAUUGUCAGUUCAUACGACAAGCGUGUCCUCUGGAUGGAUAUGGAUCUCUCGACUAAACCGUACAAGACGAUGCGGUUCCACAAGGAGGCGGUGCGCUCGGUCAAGUUUCAUCAGGGUGGUCUGCCGCUGUUUGCUGAUACCUCGGAUGAUGGCACGAUUCAGGUUUUCCACGGUAAGGUUGUGGGUGAUUUGAUGGAGAAUGCGACGAUUGUGCCGUUGAAGGUGCUCAAGGGGCACAAGGUGAAGAGCAAGUUGGGAGUUAUGGCGCUGGAUUGGCAUCCCAGGGAGCCGUGGUGUGUUUCUGCGGGUGCAGAUGGGACGCUGAGGUUGUGGUGUUAG